AUGGAUGAAUUGUUCAACGUCUUCGAGGGCAAGCCGGAGCCCCAGAGCGCCAGCGACUCGGAGAGAGAACCUCAGAAGACCCGAACUCGAGACAAGACCAAAAAGCGCAAGGCCGAUGAAGCUAUGAACGGCGUGGCAGAGGCGGAUACGUCCAAGGGCGGCGCCGAAGUGGAAAUGGGAAACGCAGCAGAGGCAGAGGCUCCAAAAGCGGAGGCCUCUGAUGACGAGGAUUCGGACACGCCCAGUCAACAAGACAAGAAGCGACGAAAGAAGGGAGACAAGGCUGAUCCUGUCAUGACGGAUACCUUCCAAACGGCAGAGUCGAGAGAAGUUGCUGGUGCGGCCACGCUGAUCCCGCAGGAGUCGUCGUUGGUGCUUUCCCACAAUAUUCAACAUCAGGUUGCUCUGCCACCGGAUCUGGACUAUGAGUACGUUCCCUUGUCAGAGCACAAAUCACCCGAGAAUCCCGCCAGGACGUGGAGUUUCAAACUGGACCCCUUCCAGAGCCUCUCCGUGGCCUCUAUCGAACGGGACGAGAGUGUGCUGGUUUCGGCACACACUUCUGCCGGCAAAACGGUCGUUGCCGAAUACGCCAUCGCCCAAUGCCUCCAACGCAACCAGCGAGUCAUCUACACGAGCCCGAUCAAGGCUCUGAGUAACCAGAAGUACCGCGAUUUUGAAGCCAUUUUUGGCGACGUGGGCUUGAUGACUGGUGACGUAACCAUCAAUCCUACCGCGAGCUGCUUGGUCAUGACCACGGAAAUCUUGCGAUCCAUGCUGUAUCGAGGGUCCGAGAUUAUGCGAGAAGUCGCUUGGGUCGUCUUUGACGAGAUUCACUACAUGCGAGACAAGACCCGAGGCGUGGUCUGGGAGGAGACCAUCAUAAUGCUGCCCGACAAGGUACGGUAUGUCUUCCUGUCUGCCACCAUUCCGAACGCCUUUCAAUUCGCGGAAUGGAUCGCAAAGAUUCACCAUCAGGCAUGCCACGUCGUCUACACGGAUUUCCGACCGACUCCCCUCCAAAACUACUUCUUCCCAGCCGGUGGUAACGGAGCACGAAUCGUGGUGGAUGAAAAGGGCAACUUCAACGAGCAGAACUUCAACUACGUCAUGAAGGCGGUUGAGGAGAAGCAAGGCACCGAGUCGAAUGACGUGAAUGCAAAGCUCAAGGGCAAGGGCAAGGAUAAGAAGAUCAACAAGGGUGGGCCGGAUGAAGGUUCCGACAUGCAAAAGAUUGUUCGCAUGACCAUCAGGAAAAACUUCAACCCGGUCAUCGUCUUCAACUUUAGCAAGCGAGAGUGCGAGAACAUGGCAAUGAACGUCGGCAACUUUUCGUUGAACGACGACUCGGAAAAGGCCAUGGUGAACAAGGUCUUCCAGAGCGCCAUCGAGAGCUUGUCCGAGCAAGACCGAGACCUACCUCAGAUCCAGCAUCUUCUACCCCUACUGAGGCGAGGAAUCGGCGUGCAUCACUCGGGCCUGCUGCCGAUUCUGAAGGAGACGAUUGAGAUUCUGUUUCAAGAGUCGCUCAUCAAGGUCCUGUUUGCCACCGAGACAUUCUCCAUCGGCUUGAACAUGCCUGCCAAGACUGUCGUCUUCACGCAAGUCACCAAGUGGGAUGGCGUCAAGAGACGUCCCCUGACCUCUUCAGAGUAUAUCCAGAUGGCCGGCCGCGCCGGACGUCGUGGUCUCGAUGCUCGCGGCAUCGUCAUCAUGAUGAUUGACGACAAGCUGGAGCCGGACACCGCAAAAGAGAUUGUUACGGGCGCGCAAGAUAAACUCAACUCGGCAUUCUACCUGGGGUACAACAUGAUUCUCAAUCUGCUCCGCAUCGAGGCCAUCUCGCCAGAGUACAUGCUGGAAAGAUGUUUCCACCAGUUUCAAAAUGCCGCGAGCGUGCCGGCCCUCGAGAAGGAGCUCAUAGCUCUGCAGCAGGAGCGGGACGCGCUGUCGAUACCCGACGAGGCCACGAUCAAGGACUACUAUCAGAUUCGUCAGCAGCUGAACAUGUACACCAAGGACAUGCGAUGCGUCAUCCAGCACCCCAGCCACUGCCUAAGCUUUCUUCAGCCCGGGCGUCUGGUGCAGAUUCACAAUCCCAAGGAAGCCCAGGAUAACGUUGCCGGAGGUCUUGAUUUCGGGUGGGGGGUGGUCGUCAACCAAACUGCCCGCCGCGGGCCCAGGCUUGGCGAACCUGGAUUCGAACCGCAGGAAUCGUACAUUAUCGAUGUCUUGCUCACCAUCUCGGCGUCUAGCUCGGACUUUACGCCCGGUCAGCCGGCUGGCGACAUGCCUCCGGGACUGCAUCCCGCGGGCGUCGACGGCGACAAGAUGGCGGCAGUUGUGCCGUGCUUGCUCACUUGCGUGAAGGCCAUCAGCCAGCUCCGAAUCUUCAUGCCCAAGGACGGGUUGAAGGCCGAGGCGGACCGGGAGCAGGCGCGGAAGUCCUUGGCGGAGGUCAAGCGUCGAUUCCCCGACGGCCUGCCGAUCCUCGAUCCGUUGGAGAACAUGGACAUUACGGACGACUCGUUCAAGAAGCUCCUGCGCAAGAUUGAGGUUCUGGAAUCGAGGCUGCUGGCCAACCCCCUGCACCUGUCGCCCAUGCUGCCGUCUCUCUGGGACCAGUACAGCGAAAAGGUGCGUCUGGCGGACAAGGUCAAGGAGAAGAAGAAGGCCAUUGCCAAGGCCCACAGCAUUGCGCAAAUGGACGAGCUCAAGUCCCGAAAACGGGUGCUCCGGCGCUUGGGCUUCAUCAACGACGGCGAAGUGGUGCAGCUCAAAGCCCGAGUUGCCUGCGAGAUCUCGUCGACCGAGGGCCACGAGCUGCUGCUGUCCGAGCUGCUCCUCGACCGGUUCUUCAACGAGCUCAACCCCGAGACGUGCGCCGCGGUGCUCAGCUGCUUCAUCUUUGACGAAAAGGUCGAGACGCAGGCUCUGAAGGAGAACCUGCAGAAGCCCUAUCGUGAGAUCCAGGCCAAGGCACGCAUCAUUGCCAAGGUCAGCCAAGAAUGCAAGCUCAACGUCAACGAGGAAGAGUACGUGACGAGCCUCAAGUGGCAGUUGAUGGAGACGGUCUAUGCCUGGGCGCAAGGCAAGCCGUUUUCCGAGAUUUGCAAAAUGACCAACGUGUUUGAAGGCUCGUUGAUCCGCCUCUUCCGCCGCCUGGAAGAGCUGCUGCGACAGAUGGCCCAGGCUGCCAAGGUGAUGGGCAACGAAGACUUGACCAAGAAGUUUGAGGAGUGCCUGCAAAAGGUCAGGAGGGAUAUUGUGGCGGCCCAGAGUUUGUACCUGUAG